CUCAAGUGGUAUGUAGGAAUUUUGCUAGGUUAAAAAAAAAAAAAAAAUCGACCCUACCAUCCCUACUUGAAAGGAUCUCGCAGCAGAAAUAUAACUGCAGGCUGCAGCACCUCGCUCCCAUGGAGUCGCUCUCUCUCACUCUCCCACGAAAGAUCACACGAUGGGGAAACUCGGCCACAUCGCUGCCAUUUAUCGUCUCUCCCAGAGCUCCUCACAAAGUUCCGUUAAAACCCCUCUCUCCUCCCCCACGAUCCAAUACAGGCUUCUCUCGGUUUCCGUCUUCGAAGCUCGCCGGCCGCCGCACGGAAGCUACCGUGUAUGCAAAUCCACAUCCGCAGUUUACCCGUUUCCCAGGCCCAGGACGAGAGGGGAGACAAUUUUUGAUCUCUUGUGUUCAUUAAUCUAGAGGAGUUCGAAGCUUGGAUCCUAUUAAAUAUAAGGAGGUCGAACGGUUUUCCGGUUUGUUGAUAGGUCCAAUUCAGAAGCAACCGAAUGGGGGAUUUUUCUUUCCCCAUUUGCGCAAGUUCUCUUCUGGAUUAGCAAAUGCAACAAUGACUUCGGAUUGGCCGAAAGGCUCUGUCACCAUGGCAGCUUCUGCUGCAUUCCCACAAUCCCUUGCUUACAUUACUGCAUCAGUGGCGGGCCUUGCUGUGUUUCUGUUCCUAUCUUCAUUGCUUUUGGUCUCGAAUCCGUUAUCUUCUACAGUUCAGGAAUACUUUUACAAGGUUGAUACACUGAAAGUGAUUCUUCCUGCAGUGAUUCCAAAGAAUCAAACAGAUACUUAUAGUAAUGUAGACGCUGGUGAUAAUAAGAGCCUGCCAUCUGGGUCUGAUUUUGAAUUAAAACCCACGAGUUUGAGCGGUAUUAAUGGUAGUGUAAGCGAGGGUGUGAGGUAUUAUUUGCCAUCUGGCUCGGAAUCAAAUGUGGAAGUUCCAAAUAGUAAUAAAGAACUGAGAGAGGAUUCCAUGAAGAAAGAUGGUCACGUGCAAGUUCCAGCUGGUAAUACGGAAAUGAAAGAGGAGCUCCAGAAGAACGAUCGUGUCGCUGAUGUGAAGGAUUUAGGUAUCAAGAAUCCUGCUAGUGUAGAUGAAGAAUUAGCCAAGGGUGCAAAGGUUUCAGAGGCGAGCUCUGUCCCAUCUGGUCCAGAUCCCAAAUUGAAGAGUGGGGGAGAAACAUCAUAUGCAGCCAGCCAAGAGGUUCCUACAAUGACUGGUUCAGAUGAUUCAGGAUGUGAUCUAUUCAAGGGAACUUGGUUCUAUGAUCCGCUUGGGCCCAUGUACACGAACAAUAGCUGCCCAGUCAUUACACGGAUGCAGAACUGCCAAGGAAAUGGAAGACCUGAUAGGGAGUACGAGAGUUAUCGUUGGAAACCAUCGCAAUGCGACCUCCCUCGCUUCGACGCCAAAAAGUUCCUUGAACUGAUGAGAGGAAAAACUAUAGCGUUCAUUGGCGAUUCAGUAGCUCGAAACCAAAUGGAAUCGUUGCUCUGUCUUCUCUGGCAGGUGGAAGUUCCAAGAAACCAAGGGAACAGAAGAAUGCACAGAUACUACUUCAGAUCGACAUCUACCAAGAUUGUCCGAAUGUGGUCUUCAUGGCUCGUCCAUCAAACACCAGAAGCCAUAGACUUUGCACCGGAGGGCGUCACAAAGGUCCACCUCGACACUCCAGACGAGAACUUCAUGGAAUUCGUCCCAACCUUCGAUGUUGUCGUUCUCUCCUCAGGUCACUGGUUCGCCAAGCAAUCCGUCUAUGUGUUGAACAAUGAAAUAGUGGGAGGACGGCUGUGGUGGCCGGACAAGUCUCGGGAAGCCAAAAUCAACAACAUCGAAGCUUUCGGGGCAUCUGUAGAGAACAUUGUGGCAUCAAUAGUCACGCACCCAAAUUUCACCGGGUUGGCCAUCCUGCGGUCAUAUUCACCCUCCCAUUAUGAAGGUGGGGCCUGGGAUACCGGUGGCUCCUGCACCGGGAAGACGAGGCCUCUGGAGCCUGAACAGAUGGUGAAGAACGAUAAUAUUGACAAAAUGCACGAGAAACAGAUGACAGGGUUCCUUCGUGGCAUCCAGAAGAAGUCAAACAAAUCAAAGUUUGUGAUGAUGGAUAUUACUGGAGUGUUCAGUUAUCGGCAUGAUGGGCAUCCGGGGCCAUUCCGGAGUCUUGAUCCGAACAAGAGAACUCAGUUUGGCCCCGAUGGAAAACCUCCCCCGCAGGAUUGCUUGCACUGGUGCAUGCCUGGUCCAGUCGAUACGUGGAAUGAACUCGUGCUCGAGAUUAUAAGGAGAGAAUAUGAAGGAAAAAAGAGCUCCUCAUCUUGAGGAGUUGAUCCCAAUUCAAAGUGGAAGAGGCCAGUUACCCAGCGGGACUUGACUUAUAUUUUUAAAUGAGGUUUUGUUGACUAGAACUUUUGGCAGGAGGAAGAGUCGAUGAGAAAUCUCUUGGCCAAUCUGCCUAGCAUGGUAGGGGCUAUAUACUUCGCUUGGCUUUACUAGGAAGAAACUCAUAUACUACACCGAGUUUGUCCUACCUUAUGGAAACAGUUAUGGAAUGAACUCCGGAUGGCAGUACUGUGAACUCAUAUACUACACAGUUUUCUUUACUGUCUAUAAGACCAUUAUAGGUAUUUUUGUGAUUAGUAGUGUGAACUCUAGGAUCCAGGCAGUGAUCACCAUUUUGGCCGUCUGUCUACUCUGAUAAUUGGGAUGUUAUUUUUGGUGAUUGACGG